CUCCCCUACCUGGUAGUGUGGACUACUACAGGUUCAUGUGGUACUCCCCUACCCGGUAGUGUCGACUACUACAGGUUAAUGCGGUUGGUUGAUGAUAAGCAGCACAAGGAGAACAUAAAACACACUGUAAUUAAAAUGUUAUCAUUUAGCUUAUGAAAUCUGCAGUUUCGACGAAGAAAAAUACAACGGAACCACUUGCAUCUGGACCGGGACAUUUAUGAGAUACACUUUUCUUCCAAAUCGAGAACAAAGAAAGUAUCGCCAAGACCAGUCUGGAUGAGUGUGGCAACCUUCCCCUCUUCCUCUUCGGAAGAGGCAGAGAUGAAUCGGAUCCAUUAUGAGCUGCAGUACACCGAGGGUAUCAGCCAACGCAUGCGCAUCCCCGACACACUCAAAGUGGCCCCCGAAAACCAACAUGGGCUGCUGUCUCAGCCCCUGGCCCCCCACAUGAUGCAUGUACCAGAGAGGAUCGUGAUAGCAGGGGACGAUGGGGACUCCCGUUACUCCCGGCCCAGAGACCUAGACCUGAUCCAGUCCAUUCCUCCUGUGGAUUUACUGGACAUGAAGGCGCCCCCACGCGUCCUCACCCUCAACGAACAUUCCCUGGACUCCCUGGAGACGGACCAGGCUCCCACACCACAGGCCUACGCCAACCAGGGGGUCCACUCUCGGUUGCUGAGGGAGCGCACAGUGAGCGAUAACACCAGCAUCCGCCAGAGCGGCCCGGCCAACAGAACCCACGUAAGUGUAACCCUGUCCCCCGUCGCCCCCCCUCUCCGUGCCUGUCCCCCACUGUGUACCCCUGAGGACGUGGUGAACCUACAGUACAGUGCUGGAGGGUUGUUGUCCUAUAUCCAAUGCACCACGCGCCGGGCCUACCAGCAGGUCCUCGAGGUCCUGGAGGUCGACAUCCACCGCAGGGCUGGUCACUUGACCCUCGACAUGGACAUGACCCCUGACGAUUCAGGCUUAGUGGACGCCUCGUCACUACGGCGACAGAUUGUGAAGCUGAACCGACGUCUCCAGCUACUGGAGGAGGAGAACAAGGAGCGCUCCAAGCGAGAGGUGAUUCUCUACUCCGCCACCGUGGCGUUCUGGCUCAUCAAUACCUGGAUCUGGUUCCGGCGUUAGAACCGCACGGAACCCAAUGACCAGGUCCUACACUGUCAUUUUAACCAGAAAUAUCUCAAUUCUAUCUACAGAUUGUAACACCAGAUAAUGUGAUUUAAUUAAAACAAUGUUUUUAUGUAAUAUACUGGGAGUUACCGGUUAGGUACUGUUUUGGUGUAGCAGAGAACAUUUCAGACCAACCUUAGUUUGGCGAUACUGUCCUCAUUCUCUAUUUGUAGAAACAGGAGUCUCAUAAAAUGUCCUUGUCCAGGGUGCAAGGGGAUCCAUGACAUUUUGUUUUGUUUUAAAUGCUCUGUUAUUCAAAUAAAUACUUUUUAUGAUCCGUGAAGUAACAA